AUGUAUAGGCGCGUUCCAGCGUCACAGCCCUCUCUGGCGGCCUGUCAGCCGGGUCAAUCACAUCACGAUCUGCCAUUACUACCGGUCGACCCUGUAUCUCCUCAGCCUGGUGGCCCAUCACCUACCCGUGCAUCGCAUGGUCCAAAGCGAGGGCCAACUCUCGAAUGGGCACGUUCCUCGGCUCCAACUAGGCGGUAUGACGAAACAGAAAGGAACUGGAAGUACUAUAGGGACUCGCUGGCUCAGAUUCAAGACUUAUCCCGCUCGGCGAUCAAUUUCGCAGAGACCUACCGCAAAGUCGCCUGGGAAGAGCCCCGAGUGCGCCACGUCUCUCACAGAUUACCGACGGAACAAGAGGUCAGCGGCAUGCUUGGGAAUGUCGACAAUAUCGUGCAUUGGCUUGAGUACAUGAAGGUUCUGGCGCUGGCGUUGAACCAGAGCAACAGAUCUAGUUGGGUGACUAAAGGAGGAGGCCUAUGCAGCGAAAAGUAUAACACACCAACAACGGACGCAGGCGAUGUGAAACACAAGCACGGGGCCGCUUAUAUUAAGAGGUCGAGGAGGCGAGCUGCAGCCUGGGGCAGAUGCCACCGCUGUGGUAGGACCGACACACCUGAGUGGAGGCGUGGCCCGGACGGUGCCAGGACGCUCUGCAAUGCCUGCGGCUUGGUUCACGCCAAGUUAGAGAGGAAACUGCGGCGGCUUAAAGAGUGA